CAAUGAAAUGGAAACCAAGUAAAAUUAUGAUACAGUAUGUCUUUUGAAGAAGAAAUAUCAACACUUUUUGCAAGGGACUUGGAUAAUUCUCGAGAAAAUGAACGUAAAAUAAUAGCGGAUAUACAUAAACUCGCAGAUGAGAAUAGAGCACUGCGACGUUCUCUGUCACUAUUACAGCAAAAUGCAACCCUAAGAACAGCAAAAUUAAUAACUGAACUUGUGAUUUGGGUGGACAGUAUGGUGGAAACUUUUCAAUGCAGUGUGACGAUUCCGGAAUCCACCAAAAAUGUGGGUACACAUCAGGAAAAAUCAGCUUUCCGACCCAUAUCACCAGCUAUUGAUGGCCAAAACGUGACCGUGCCAGAAAUAAUAGUUACGUCAGCAUCGCAGAACUUAGCACAAGCCUUGUCUCCCGUACCUGAAUUUUUCAAACCGAAAAUUAUCAUACCUGAAAGCGAACGCCUGAAAAGUCCUUAUGAUCUGUCUCAAAGAGGCACGAUCUCAAAAGGCGACUUUUAUUCUCAACAUUCUGUCAUAUCACCAGCUACUAAUCGAUUGGAAGUCAAGCAAGGUUUUUCUCGACCAAGAUCGCCUGGAAUCUAUAAAAGUAAAAUAUCAGAACAGAAAAAGCCAGCAGUCGUUUUUAGUGGAAAUCGAACAGGGGCAACUCAGAAGACUACACCAUUAAUUCAAUCAAACUUUUCAGAAUACCAAGAUGUUCGGCUAGAUGAAUCUGAUUCGGGGUCAACAGGAAGGGAUGUAGCGUUUUACCGAGAACCUUUCGAAGAAGAUAGAUCUAAAUAUUAUCAAAAGUAUCCACAAAGAACAGUUCAAAGCAAUUACCCCAGUAGUUUAGAUGAUACGCGCGGAAUCACGCAGAGUACAAUUCGUAGCGGCUACGAUAAAGUAACACAAAAAACUAAUCAAGAUAACUUGAACGUACCCACGAUAGAAAGGAGAACCGUUUCUGAAGAUCCCGAUUUGGAAACUAACAGGCAUCGCGAGACCACAAGAAUGGUUCGUCGUGGCGAAAUCGUUUCCAAUACAACCCAAAGUCAUCCAUCGAGUUCAUCUCAACAAUCCUAUCAUGUAUCAAGAAACAGGGAUGGUUAUGAUCAAAGGAGCAGAAGUCCCAUACCGGAACAGAGAAUCAGGGAAAGUUAUGAUCCAAGAAACGAAAGAUCCGUCCUCGAAGAGAGAAACAGAGAAGGUUAUGAUCAAAGGAGCAGAAGCCCAAUACCUCAACAGAGGUAUGUUAAAGAGCCUACACAGGACGUACCGAGGGACAGGGAAAGUCAUUAUCAAAGAACCAAAAGUCCUAUGCCGGAUCAAACACCCAGAGUAAUUUAUGAUGAAAGAAGCAAAAGCCUCCUGCCUGAACAGCGAACUGGAGAAGGAUAUGAUCAAAGAAGCAAAAGUCCUAUGCCGACCCAACGAUCCAGAGAAAUUUAUGAUAGAAGAAGCAAAAGUCCUAUGCCGGAACAAGGAUCCAGAGAAAUUUAUGAUAGAAGAAGCAAAAGUCCUAUACCAGAACAAAGUCCCAGAGAAAGAUAUGAUCAAAGAAGCAGAAGAUACAUGCCGGAGCAGAGAACAAGAGAAAUAUACGAUGAAAGAAGCAAAAGCACAGUGCCUCAACAAAUGUAUGUUUCAGAGCCUGAACAGAACAUACCGGUGAACUGGGAAAGUUUUGAUCAAAGCAGCAAAACUCCCAUGCCAGAACAGAGAACCAGUGUAAGCUAUGACCAAAGAAGUAGAAGCCUCACGACGGAGAGGAGAUAUGCUACACAGCCUGAACAGGAAGUACCAAAGAGCAUGGAAAUGUAUGAUCAAAGAAACAGAAGUCCCAUGCCAGAACAGAGAGCCAGGGAAGGAUAUGAUCAAGGAAGUAGAAGUCACAUGCCAGAACAGAGAGGUAAGGAAGGAUUUGAUCAAGGAAGUAGAAGUCCCAUGCCAGAACAAAGAACCAGGGAAGGAUUUGAUCAAGAAUGUAGAAGUCGCAUGUCAGAACAGAGAGCCAGGGAAAAUUUUGAUCAAGGAAGUAGACAUCCCAUGCCAGAACAAAGAACCAGGGAAGGAUUUGAUCAAGAAAGUAGAAGUCUCAUGCCAAAACAGAGAGUCAGGGAAGGAUUUGAUCAAGGAAGCAGAAUUCCGAAGCCAGACCAAAGUGCAAGGGAAGGAUAUGAUGAAGGAAGUAGAAGUCCCAUGCCAGAACAGAGAGUCAAGGAAGGAUUUGAUCAAGGAAGCAGAAUUCCAAUGCAAGGACAGAGAGCCAGGGAAGGAUUUGAUCAAGGUAGCAGAAUUCCAAUGCCAGAACAAAGUGCAAGGGAAGGAUAUGAUGAAGGAAGUAAAAGUCCCAUGCCAGAAGAGAGAGCCAGGGAAAGAUUUGAUCAAGGAAGUAGACGUCCCAUGCCAGAACAAAGAACCAGGGAAGGAUUUGAUCAAGAACGUAGAAGUCCCAUGCCAGAACAGAGAGCCAAGGAAGGAUUUGAUCAAGGAAGCAGAAUUCCAAUGCAAGGACAGAGAACCAGGGAAGGAUUUGAUCAAGGUAGCAGAAUUCCAAUGCCAGAACAAAGUGCAAGGGAAGGAUAUGAUCAAGGAAGUAGAAGUCCCAUGCCAGAACAGAGAGCCAGGGAAAGAUUUGACCAAGAAAGUAGAAUUCCCAUGCCAGAACAGAGAGGCCGAGAAAAUUAUGAUCAAAGAAGGAGUCUUACGCCAAAACAGGGAAGUGUUAAAGAGGCGACAUGGAAUGAGCAGGAUGUACCGAGAAAGAGAGAAAAUCGUGAACAACGAAUUUAUACGCCGCAACAAAAAUAUAUCCCAGAGACUAAAACUGAACAGAAUAUUCUGAAGAACCAGGAGAAAUAUGGUAAAAGAAAUAGAGACUCAAUAUCUGAAAAGACAGUCGUUGCAGAGACAAACAAUCUCUCCAAAUCUCCCGUUCAAGACAGAAGUCGAGGAUCAGGUGCCGAGUUAGAGGAGUGGGAAAGUAUGGAUCAUAUGAUCUCCUCAGGUCAGCAAAGAAAACAAGUAUAUGAUAACUCUGAUGCAGUUGUUCCACAGCAAGAUAGCUCCUCAGAGAAAAGCCGUUCCAUGUACUCUAAGUCUUAUCAGAGAUCGACUGGCGAAGAUCACACAGGCCGAGAUGUAGUUGGAGAUCCCACAGGCCGAGAUGUAGUUGGAGAUCCCAUAGCUACCUCAACCCCAAAAACUCAAAGAGGUGUGGGGGAACCGAUAGCCACAUCAACUCCAAAAACCAGAGAGGAAAAAUUAGCAGACAGUAUCAUGAACAAAGCGAAACCUCUAGUAAGUCGCCCUAUAGAUCAGUUGAUUGGAAUCGAUCCAAAGAUGACACAAGAGCGCUGGCUCAAGGCUGCCAUGAUAAGGAAGAACAAGAGACUUAUAGGAGAAAUCGCGUUUCAGAUGGAUAGAAGAAUCCUGGAAUAUGUUUUUGCCUGGGAUUCAGGCAGCAAAGAUGCAAAGAAGAGACGCUAUUACGGCUUCAGUAUUGCAAAUAUUGGUGCCAUGAUCCAAAAAGAAGCCGUUCAAGCGGAUGGUUCCAAAGAUGCUCGAAAAGAGCUAGAAAUGCGCAAAAGGUUUGAGAAUUUGGUCAGAACUUUGGCUAAACUGGGAUACAAUCUGGAUCAACAUGGGGAGUUCUCACAAGACAUGGUCAAUAAGUAUGGACUGUUAAGUGGUCCACCAAGCAGAAAAAUGGUAACAGAGCUGGGAUUGGAGGAUCCAGUGGUUUUGCGGGUACUGUUUUCUCAGCUUAUUGUAGAUGAGAAAGAACUGAAUAAUGUUCUAGUUUUACUCGAUUGUUUAUGUUUGUUAGCAUAUGAAGACAGGCGUCCUCUGUUUAUGUGGUAACUAACGUUUUUAUUGUCAUUGAUAAUAAAAUAGUUUGGUAUCUGUA